AUGGAAGGUGUUGGGGGAGGUGGUUUUCGGUAUGGAAAUUUACAAAAUAACCCUCAUGCCUUUCGACCUCGUCUUUCAUUAACAGCCAUAGACAGGUUUCUUUGGGAUAAAAACCAUUUGUGUCACCAAAAAUCUCUGAACAAUGUUAACGACAAAGAGCCAGUAGUUUCUCCAAAUGGGGUUUUUAGCUUUUCAAGUGAGGUUUCGUGGCCAACUCUUCGAGAGACAAGCUUUGUUGAUGGGCUCUUCGCAGUUGGAGAGACAAUAAACUGGACCCAAGAGAGAAAUCCCAGCGUGGAUUUCAAAGAAGAGACGAAAUCAACUCACAGAAAGAUAUCAAUGAAAGGUGGUUCUUCCACAACUUUGAUCAAAGGGCAAUGGACAGAUGAAGAAGACAGAAAACUGGUCAGGUUGAUAAAGCAACAUGGAGUAAGAAAAUGGGCUCAGAUCGCUGAGAAAAUGGUCGGUAGAGCAGGAAAACAAUGUCGUGAACGAUGGCACAAUCAUUUACGCCCUGACAUCAAGAAAGACAAUUGGAGUGAAGAAGAAGAGAGGCUGCUAAUUGAAGCUCAUGAGAAAGUUGGUAACAGAUGGGCAGAAAUCGCUAAGCGAAUACCUGGAAGGACCGAGAAUUCAAUAAAGAACCAUUGGAAUGCCACAAAAAGAAGGCAGAAUUCAAGGAGAAAGAGCAAGAAACAACAAGGCCAAAAUGCAAACCCACAACCAACUAUAUUACAAGAAUACAUCAGAAACAAGGGCUUGAAUAUCACUUCCUCCGGCACCACCACCACCACCACCACAACCCCCGCCAGCUCCACCAUCUCAGAAGACCCAACAAUCAAAUUCGGCGUGUUUUUUUCAGAACUGUCCCAAUCGGCGGAUGACUCCACAUCUUUAAUAAUUCACACACACGAUGAUGAACUGAAUUUCUUGCUGAACCUUUUUGGAAACAAGUCGAACGAUUCAUUGAUUGACGAUGGCAAAAUCAAGGGUUCUAUUGGGGCAAAACCAUCUCAAAACGAGUAUACCAAAGAGUCCACUGGUUUCAAUCCCCUUAGGAUCAAUCAUAUCAAUGGUAAUCAGCAGCUCCAUGGAAAUAAGGAUCCCAAAAUGCACAAUCUCAACUUACAGCAGAAAGAAGAGAGUCCAAGGACCCAACUGUAUUCUGAUCAUUUCCUUUCUCAUCUGUUGGAUGGAGCCACUUCUUUACCUUCUAAUGAUGCAAGUUAUGGCAACAUGAAGAUGGAAUUGGUUGCGAAUGAGGGUUCCUCUUGUGGAAAGCGAGAGAUUGAUUUGAUAGAAAUGGUUUCAUCUUCUCAAUUCUCCCAAGGGAUGUAUUAA